CAUCAGUCAACUGUCGGAAGCCUAGCCGAGCUAAAAUGGUGCUUCAGGUGCUUAUAAAUUUCAAUGAUAAAAAGAAUAAGCCACUAGAAGUGGCAGACACUCUGGAAAAGUUUAAUAAAACCACGGUUUUGGAACUGAAGCAGAAAUUUAAAGAAAAGAUCCCUGGAGCACCAGAUCCAGACAACUUAAGAGUUAUCUUUGGAAAAGACCCACUGGAGGAUGGCAUGACACUUAUGUUUUACAAAAUUGCACAUUUAUCUGUGCUGUUUUUUGUUCUGAAAAUGCCUGGAGGAGAAACAAGGAUGUGCUGAGAUGUGCAAGUAAACAACCCCAGCUGAUCCAGCGUCCCCAGGAUAUGUUUAACCAUGUAGGACCCAAAUACUGACCCAAAAACACAGCCAAAAACAAGAAGAAAAAGAAGUCUUUCUCAUUUUAGAUGUCACUAUUUGAGAACUCUAAUGCUGAAAAAAUGUUUUGGUUUUAAGGGAAUUAUUUUUUGCAAUGUUGGGUCUUUGGGGAAGCAGAAAUCCAGUGAUUUUUCUCACAGUCUGAAUAAAAGUAAAAAACAUUUCUUUUUUUACAGGUAUUGCACUUAUGUAAGAGCUGUCUAAAUAUCCGUAAACAAAUCAUAACACAAACACCAUUUAUAAAAUGCAUUGUAUAUGUAUUUUACCUGCUUAAAUGUUGAUGUAUUUUGUAAAAGAUGCUAUGCUUCACAGCAAGUUCUCAAGUUGUACGAGUUCAUUGCCAGGUUAACAUGAGGAACUGUUGUGAUUUCAUAUUUAAUAUGUUGUUUAUACUUUAGAAAGAUUAUUCCAAUUGUAAUAGAAUUAUAAAGCCAGUUAUACAUUAAACUGCUGUCUUAGUACAGUGUUUUUACAUUCUA